AUGCCGGACAUGUUCCACCAGAAGGACGUCCAGGGCCUGGAGCUCGCGACGGAGAUGUUCCAGGAGCCAGAGGUGCCAGAGGUGGAGAGCGGGGCCUCCGCGGCGGUGGCAGGGCGCGGCUGGCUGGAUAAGAUCGCGGUGGAGCUCGAGAAGUACGGUCUGAGGCCCAUCACCGUCGAGGUGAGCCAGAAGUUCAAGGGACUCGGCGGCGCGCGACGUGAGAAGUUCCGCAUCAACGUCGAGAACGUCGAGCCGGAGGUUUUCUUGGUCGCGGAGACGCUGCAGGUGUCCAUGCCGGACUUCAGGGUCAAGGGCGACGCCGAUCGGUGGGUCCAGGGUGCGUUCAAGCGGAUCGACAAGCUCAUGAAGGAGUUUGCGGUUAUAUUCGACGUGCUGCGCGACAACAACGAGACAUUUCUCUGGGAGUUGUUCGCGAAAGAGGCUCGCUUUACCCAUGUGGCUUCGAAGGGCGGUCGCGCGAAUGCGACCCCGCCGGACCUGUCAGUUGGCGUGAACUUUAACGACCCUCGGACGCGAUCAGAUUUCCUGUUUGCGAUCAGCCGGGCGCGGCGGGAAGUUCCGAUCGUGGACCUGUUGAGCUGGCGCGGGAACAAGCCGCCACUCUACGAGGCGGUCACGCUGCGCCAGUGCAUGCACGGGCUCGUGGACAACUACGGCGACCCGAUUCGCAAGCCGACGUGCACGAUGGUGCCCAACGGUUCGUGCUUCCCUGGGCUCGAGCGCAGGUGCGACGGGAGCCACCAGCGCGCCGAUAUGGUCGGGCGGGGCCCGGCACUGGCACCAGCGGGCGCCUGGCCGAACGACCUGGGCAAGGCUCUGGCGGGCGCCGGCGCGCACGAGCUGGCGCGACGGACAAGCCCGAAGGAGAUGGGCAUCGGGAGGGGCGCGACGAGGUCCCCGAGCAAGCAGAUCGUGAACGCAGUGGCCAGGGGCGCACUGGCGGACUGCAGCGACGCCCGCGCUGGCGACCCGGGCUUCGCGGCGAUCAAUCUGGUCAAGCGGUUCCCCACUGACGCGGUGAUCGCAGUCUACGUGGCGGAGCCGAAGGUGCAGACGCCCUUCCCUGCGACGGUGCGCGUCUACGGGAGCAAGCCCAAGACCUUUGAAUCAGAUAAUCGCGAAGCUGACACGGCACAUCGAGACCUACAACACGAGGGUGAGAGUUUCGGGGAUAAGCCUUCGGACAUCACCGCGGCCCAGUGGGGCGCUCUCAAGAAGCUCCACAUCAACCUGAGCCAUUCUUCUGCUCGCGCGCUGAAGGGGCGACUGAAGUCCUAUGAAGCGUGUCAGCAAGUGCUGGGUUCGGUUGACAAGCUGGACUGCGGCGUGUGCAAGGAGCUCGGCAGGCCGACUACGGUGAGAAGCUCGAACCUGAAGCUCUCGACGGAAUUCAACGAAAACGUGUUCCUAGACGAGGCCGAAGUGAUACUUGCAGACGGGACCCGACUGAUGGUUAUGGUGAUCUUGGACGACGCGUCGGGCUUCCGGACAAUCAUCCCUACCGCUGCAGUGAGGUCCAUCACCGGCGAGGUGCUGUACUACGACGCGGCCAAGGGUCACAUCACGAAGCGGUUCGCGGAGAUCGGAGAGAAGUGCACCAUCCUGGUGAGGCCGGUACCAGCAGAGGCGCCCCAGCUCAGGGGUCGAGUGGAGCGCGCGAUUGACUUGUUCAAGGACCACUUGCAGCGCCUGGACCGCGACAUGCAGCUUGCCAAAAACGACGAUCCGCAUGUGUGGACAUCGGUGAUAGCGAGUACGCGCAACAACCACACUCGGCGGAAUGGCUUCACCCCUUACCAAUGCGCGCUGGGCCGGUCGCCUGGCACCCCAGCUUCGCUGAUCGAGGCGAUGGAGGGCGACCAGAGGCAGCUGGCAUGGCAGAGGGCGGCUCUCUUCGAGGAGGGCCCGAGGAGAGCAGAGCAGAUACGCGCGGCGGCGAACAGUGCGUUCUUCGAGCUGGACAGUGACGACGCCGUCAGGAGGGCCAUGGUCGGCCGAGCUCGCCCGCCGCGUGGACCGUUUGUGCCGGGCCAGCUGGUGUUCUACUGGCUCGAGGUGAAGCAUGUGAAGUCGAAGAGGCUCCAGGGCGAGCACGGCUGGCGUGGGCCAGCGAUCGCGUUGGCGACCGAAGGCCGCGCGAGGCUACACCUCAGCUACCGCGGGGCGCCUGUGCUCGCGGCGCCCGAGCAGGCGCGGCACGCCUGCCGCAGCGAGGCGGAGACGGUGGAGAACGAGGACUUGGUCAGGCAGCUCUCUCACUGGCGCGGGGGACCUACAUCCCAGAAGGGGCUCAUUGACGAGCGUGGACCUGGGCCAUACGGGAGCGACAAGACGGGCGCGCGCCGCGAGAGGGACGAGAAGGGCUCGGACCACGAGGACGGUGUGAUCGACACGAGGAGGACGCACCUGCACCUGGAUACCUAUCUGGAGUACCACCACUACCGGGAGGAGGACCGGUUCCUCCAUAACAAGCUACAGACCCACCUGCUGCGGCAGCUGGGCAGGGGCACUCCAUGGACCUGGACGCGGCGGCUGCUCCAGGCAUUCCGCAUCAACAGCAACAGCAACCAGAUCGAGCUGAGCAACCAGAACCUGCACCACGACUCAGCUUCAAGCGAACGCUUCCCGACGACCAGGAGGCAGAUCGCGAACGCCUACGACUGCGACGCGAGGCUCUCAAGGGCAGAGUGGAAGGCGGCUUUCGAAGCGAGCGACCUGGAGGAGUGGCGCAAGUGGGUCGAGUACGACGCAGUGGACUGGCCGACCGGGGAGGAGCUCGCGGGGGUGGACAAGACGGCGAUCUUGCCCAUGAGGCGCUCUCGUACGGACAAGAGAAAGGCGACGAGGGGCAGCCCGUCGUACGAGCAGCACCCGCUCAAGGCGAAGUCCCGGAACAUUGUUCCAGGAUGCAAGGACAAGCAGCUGCUCGCUGGCGAGUUGCAGACCAACGCCCCCGCUCUGACGGACACGGCCACGGCGGUGAUCCUGCAGGAGGCCGCGAGCCAGUCGGGUUGGAGGCUCGAACAGGGCGACGUCGACUCGGCAUUUCUGAACAGGAAGUACCUCGACAGUUCUCGACGCGUGCAUUUCCGCGCGCCGAAGGGCGGCCUGCCGGCCGUGCCGGAGAUGGGCUGGCCAUCCGUUCCAGAAGGUGCGGUGCUGAGAGCGAAGAAGGGGAUCUACGGGCUCUGUUUGUGGUACGAGGAGCAUCGCGACGCCAUGCUGUCUCUCCCAGGAGCGUCGAGAUCGAAGUUGCGCCCGGCUCUCUUCAUCUUCCACGACGAGAAUGAGAAGUUGAUGGGCCUGAUCGGGACGCACGUGGACGACGAUGUGGUAGCGGGCUCGCCCGAGUUCUUCGCUAACCAGGAGACCAACUUGAGGAAGAUGCACUGCUGCGGCACGUGGCAGACGGCGAAGACCGCUUUCCACCACUGCGGGAGAUCCCUCAAGCAGAGCAACGAUGGCACCAUCACCUGCAGCCAGAGGGAGUAUACCGAGAGCAUCGAGAAGAUCCCGAUCUCAAACGAGCGUCGCAAGGACAAGGAGGCGAAGGCCACGCCCGAGGAGGGCGAUGCUCCACAGCGGCAACCGCCAGAUUCAGUGGCUAGUGCGAUCUACCCGCAUGCUAAGACGGACCACGUGGACAUCACCUUCCAGAAGAUCAACAUAGACGACGCGAUCGUGGUGGCGGUUGGAGACUCGAGCCACGGCAACGUGGGCAAGACGGAGACCGCGAGUCUGGCGGGCCUGGUCAUCCUGCUCGCAGACAACAAGGACGAUCAGCUCCUUCGCGGGAGGCUGGCCAAGGUCACUCCCAUGUUGCGGCGAUCGCACCGCAUCAAGCGGGUGGUGCGCAGUACCCUGGCGGCCGAGGCGAUGGCGGCGCAGGAGGCGGUCGAGAGUGGCGACAUGCUGAGGCAGCACUUGGUGGAGAUGCACUACGGGCUAGGUUACCGGACCCACAUGGACGACGUGAAGGCGAUCAAGAUGGUGGAAGUCACGGACUGCAAGUCGCUCUACGACCUGCUCCAGAAGCGAGGGACGGUGCCCUCCGAGAAAUGGCUGCUGAUCAACAUCGAGUCGCUCAGGAACGAUCUGGAGUUCAACAACGCGGUGAGCAAGUGGGUGAGCACGAAGCAGAUGCUCGCCGACUGCCUAACAAAGCACGACGUCCGCGCUGGCGACUACAGGCGGUGCGUGCUCCAGACUGGUGAGUACCGGAUGGAGCUUAAAGGGCGCAGGGGUGGAUACUACCGCUCGAAGUAUCCCAAGAGGCAGCGACCUGCCGACCAGCUCUUUGUUCACGAGGGCUACACCUACUUCGAGGACUGGCAUUGCGGAGUUGAGGACAUGGUCGGCUGGUCUGGCUUAGACCAGGUGACGAAGCGUCGGAGGAUCCCGACCCAGGUGCGGAAGCUGUCGACGAUCUACGCACCGACCAAGGCGGCCCUCGAGCGAUACGAGAAGGAUUUCACAGAGAAGCACACCAUCAAGAAGCCGAAGGUGACGAACGAUGAGGACCCCCAGAAGGAGCUAGGUGUCACCGAGGAGUUUGGUGCGCACGUGGAGUCGGACGAGAACGUGAAGUUGGCUGCGACGGUGACGGUGUGCGCUUUGUGCCGGAUGACGCUGAACCAGUGCGAGUGCGGACCGAGGACCGGACAUUCAUCGCGCGAGAAGAUCGCGGGCGAGUUCGGCGACGCGAUAGAGGGCGGUGUUCUAGAGGCGCACGAGCUGGCGGUCAAGAACUGCGACGAGUGCCGUCGAGGCAAAUAG